AUGAGUUUUUAAAGAUUUGUUUUGGAUGAAAAUGGGUUCAACUUUAAUCUGUUUCAUUUGUUAUGGUUACAAGAUCCAAUAUUUAGAAACAACAUAAAAAUAGACAUUCCAGAUACCAUUGAGAUAAUUUAAGGAUAGCCAUAUUUCUGGUAUUACAGUCAUGAUUCUCAAAUAAUGAGAAAAAGCAAAUCGAAACUUAAUUGGGAAGACAUCCUGAAUGAAUUUGUAACUGAUAAAGAAGAUUAGCAUUUAAUUUGUGCUAUAUGGAUAAAUAAGACUAAAAAUUUAACAACUUUUGAGUAUUUGUCAUAACACUUAUUACAUUAAUUGUUGACAUCCAAAAUACCAGAUAACACAAAAGGAUAUCUAUAGCGAUUUGUUUAUCCUAAAGGUAUAAGCUAUAAACAACAUAUUUUAGGUAGUUGUAAUGAGGUCAUUAAAUGCACAUGGACUAAUAACUUAUGUUUCUUUGAAUGUUUUUCUAAUAAAUUUUAGAUUAACUUUUCAAAAGCAGACAUAUAUCAAAGAGCAGUAACUUUUGAAAUGUUGAAUGGACCCAUAGAGUAGAGAACUUUGAAAGGAACUUCUCUGACCUAAAGAUUGGAACUGUUAUGUGGAUUGAUAGUUUCUCAUGUGGCUAAUGUUACUUAAAAUUAAAAGUAAAUAUGCCAAAUGGAGGUAUUGUUCAAGAUAGCCAAAAAAAACAAAGUGUUCCUCCUAUUUAGUUCUAAAGUGUUAACCUCAAACAGCGAAUUAAAACAAUUGAAUUAGCGUAAUUUAUAUGUUUAAUUCUUUAGCGGAAUUUGAAAUUUCAAGCAAAAUCUAAAAAUAACUUAUAAACUAUCCAAAAGCCAUAAUAUUGUCAGAUAACUCUAAAUGUAUUGGAUGUGAUAAAGAUAAAAAUUAAAUUGAAUUUUCUAAGGUUCGAUUAAAGGACAUUGUCGAGAAUUGGGAAAACAAUGUACUGACGAGAAAGUCAUAAAAUUAAAAAUUUACUCGAGACAACAUCUUAAAAUUAAAUCACAAUCUACAUGUUGGUUAGGUUAAAAUUGAUUAACAAUAACUCAUACCAAGAAUAAUCAAAAUUAUGUAUCCAAAGAUGACCAUGGAAGAAUACAAAGAAUUCAAAAGGAAUCUUGUAUUUUUAAAUUAAAUGAUUUCCUUAUGCAAUGAAUGCUUCACCAGUGUAUUCAAUAAACAAGAGAACCAACAGAAAAAGCAUUCGAAUUUCAGAUAAAAUAUUAAAAGAAUUCAUAUGAAAACUGAAAUUGAUGAUGGAUUAGAUUUAAUCUACAAUAUCCAACCAAUUCAAACAACAAGCAAUAAAAUAGAUUUAUUUUUCAAUAUUAGUGAAAAUAAAACUAUACUUAAUUACACAAGUAGAAGAAUCAAUGGAGAAUUACUUUAAAUACCAUAAAUAAAGCAUUUAUCAAAGACUGUAGGUAAGGAUUGGAAUUAAAAUAAUUCUAUUUUUAAAACCAAUUAAUCAUCAAAAUAAGAACAACAAAAUUCAAACUUUAAAGAUUUUGAAUGA